GUUUGGCGGGUAUACAAACUAACAUUGGACUAAAACAACAUGAGCAUCAGACCAAAAGCCCCUCUUCUCUUCACUCUCUAGAGAAACCUGGUUUUCUAGAGAGAGAGUAAACAUAUUACAUAAUACCAUACAUUCUGAUCAAUCUCUCCGGGAGAGAGUGAGAGAGAGAGAGAGAGACUGUGUAGGUUUUUUAAUAUAUAGUUUGUGUUGUGUUUGUUAUUCCGUUUUUGCCCUUUGUUUGUGCAUUUUGUAAAGGUUAAGCAGAUAUUUUAAUGGAGUUGUACGGACAUGGAGCGGGUGCAAACGGGUCAAGUGGGGAUCGGGUUGCAGAGUGGCCUACUGCUGGUCAGGAAACUGGGCUUGAAGAGUCUAUGAUGAGGUUGGGGUUAUUCGGUGGGGAGUUUUAUCCGGAGAGGGGAGGUGUGCAAAACUGUGCCUAUUAUAUGCAGACGGGAUCAUGUGGUUAUGGAAACAAAUGUAGGUAUAAUCAUCCCCGUGAUCGCAGCUUGGUUGGCGGAACUGUAAGGACUACAGGAGGCGAGUUUCCAGAGCGAUUUGGUGAACCAGAAUGCCAGUUUUAUUUAAGGACCGGGACUUGUAAAUACGGUGCCACAUGUAAUUUCCAUCAUCCUAGAAAUGGAGGUGGAUCAUUGAGCAAUGCACCAGUAAAUAUUUAUGGAUACCCAUUACGUCCGGGGGAGAUAGAAUGCGCGUACUAUAUGAAAACAGGGCAUUGCAAAUAUGGUAUAACUUGCAAAUACCAUCAUCCUCAGAUGCCUGGCUUAUCAGUGGCAGCACCUGCACGCCCAUCUUAUGCAACUGUGCAGUCUUCAGUUCCUCCUCCUGAACAGUAUGGAGGAGCUACAACUAACUAUGGGGUUCCAAGACCUCCGUUAUUGCCGGGGUCAUAUGUACCAGGUGGUUAUGGUCCACUGCUGCUUCCCCAGGGCGUGAUGCCUGUUCCAAACUGGAGUCCUUAUUCAGGACCUGUAAGCCCUGCAAUGUCUCCUGGUGUGCAACCUUCAGUCAGAGCGGCUUCUUUGUAUGGCAUGACACCGCUAUCUUCUUCCGCUCCUGCAUUUGGAGGACCUUAUGCUCCUCUACCUUCGUCUGCUGGUCCUUCAACUACUAGCCAGAUGGAACACCUGUUUCCACAGAGACCAGGCGAAACAGAGUGUCAAUACUACAUGAAGAAUGGGGACUGCAGAUUUGGGCUCUCUUGCAAGUAUCACCAUCCAGCAGACUGGAUGGCAUCAAAGAAAAAUUGUGUUCUUAGCCACUUAGGGCUACCUUUACGCCAGGGUGUGCAGGCCUGCAAUUUCUACAUGCAGAAUGGACACUGCAAAUUCGGCCAUACUUGCAAGUUCGAUCAUCCAGUGGCUGCUUCAGAUACCAUACACCAGCUUCACCUCUAAUGACAUAGCUAAAUGCUAUGUGCUUUAGGUGUACUAGGGUGUAAACCGCAUCCUCGUUAAACUUAGGUUACAUAUUGGAAACACAGCAAGAUGUACAGGUUUCACAUCUUGAAUGUCCAGCUCUACCGUCAAAUUUUCUGGUCUAAAACAUUUAGUCGCAGACUCGCAGCAGAAGACAAGGGAAACUCGACAUUGAGUUAAACCCGUAAAGAAUGCUGCUAAAUAUAUUACAUAAUUAAGGUCUUGUUGAACGUUUUGUCCUUGUUUAUUUAGCUUUAGAUCUGGAAAGCUGAUGUAGUAUGUUGUGUAAACUUUCUUGCCCAGCUCGGUUACAUGGCCCCGGUGUAUAUACAUAAAUCGGGAGAAUCUUUCUGGGACA